UUCUUCAGUCUUCGACUGACUUUUGUUGUGUACAGACUUUUCUGAAUUUAUCGGGAAGGUCCUCUCUCUCGCGGCCAAUCGAUUUUGAAGUUGAUAAAAAUCAAGCAAAAAGAAAAAUCGCAUAUAAAGUGUUGAAAAUUCGCCAUUUCCCGCUGUGCAGUCUACUUUUGUGGUAUUUCUUGCACGUUUUGUUUUUCCCUUGUUUUAUUAGGAGUGCUAUUCAACGUUGUCAGUGAAUGAAAAAAUUGCACAUUUUUUCACUUUACAAACGCAUGGUGUGCUAGAAGUGCAGAUUUUGUGGUUAUUUUUUCUUCGGAUCUUUUUUUUGGUGAACCGUUUUGUUGGUUUCGUUUCACAGUGUGAAGAAAAAAGGUACAGAUAAGAAAGCCGGGAACAACGUCGGAAUUAUGGCGGAGAAUGAAGAUUUGAGUAGCAGUAAUAGUAGUAGUAGUAGUAGCAGGGAGGAUAUGCACUUUUUUGAAGGAGUCGAGAAGCUGCUGGAGAUCUGGUUUGAAUCGAACUCAUCUGACAAAAAUGCCGAUUUGAGGAAGAUCCCAAGGUCUAUGUGGGACGCACUUUUGAAAACGGUCCGAUGUGAAAUAAUUAGUUUCACUAGAAACGAACAGAUUGAUGCGUAUGUGCUUAGCGAGAGCAGCAUGUUCGUAUCGAAGCGUCGCUGGAUUUUGAAAACGUGCGGUACGACGACGCCACUACAGUGUCUGGAGCCGUUGCUGCGUCUCGCAUCGGAAAUCGCCGGUUACACCGAGAUAGAGGACCUGUUCUACUCGCGCAAGAACUUUAAACGACCGGAGCUGCAGGUCUCUCCUCAUCGGGGCUUCGACGAGGAGGUGGCCUUCCUGGAUUCAUUUUUCGAAGAUGGGCGCGCCUACAGUUUGGGUGCGAUUAAUCGUGACUGCUGGUAUCUCUACACGUUGAGCCGCGGGGGAGGGGGCUCCGCCAACAAGCAAUUUUUGAAUAAUAUGAAAAAUAAUAAUAAUAACAAUAACAUGAAUCAUUGCAAGAGCAAUAUGAUAAAUAACACUAUCCAAGCAACAAAUGUCGCGCUGACUCCUUUGGCUGACUUGGAUCUGCUUGAAUCUCUGCAGUUACCUGAUCCGGACCAGACCAUCGAGAUACUGAUGACUCAUCUGGACCCGAAUGUAAUGGCAAUCUUUACUAAGGAUAUGUGUAAUACAGCUAUGGAGGCAACGCAGAAAUCUGGAAUUCACAAGCUGAUUCCUGGAAUGGUCAUCGACGAUUAUCUUUUCGAUCCAUGUGGAUAUUCAAUGAAUGGAGUGUCCAAAAGUUGUGGAAAAAAAUAUAAACAGGGAUGCUACAUGACGAUCCACAUAACACCUGAGCCGGACUUUUCGUACGUUAGCUUCGAGAGUAACGUCGCAUCUUCCAGUUACGGGGAUUUGAUUGCUCGCGUUAUUGAUACUUUUCAACCCGGAAAGUUUGUUGUAACUGUUUUCGCUAACAAGACUUCACCGGCCGCUAACGCCUUCCGUGAACUAGAACAUCUGGGAACCAUUGAUCAGUGGAAACGUCGCGACAUUCAAUUCUCCCGCUUUGCCAGUUACGAUCUGACUUACGCGCAAUACUGCAAAUAUCCGAGCUGAGGUUUACCGUGCCUAGCCCCUGGAGGGGCUAACCCCACAUUCACUCCUUCAUCUCCUUGUCCGCUUCCCCCGACAUCCGUGAUUAAAUCUUCCAUCUCUUCCGUUUUCAUUUCCCGUCCGUCUCCUUUCUCUUGUUUAUCUUCUUCAAUUGCUUUAUUCCGCUUGUUUCUCAACAUCUUCCCAGUGCUGACAUCGCUCAACUUUGCUAAGCGCUUGUGCUUUGGAAACACCGAAAAAGAAUUCAACAACAAUAACAACAACAACAACAAUGAUGCCCAAUUUGAUGAUAUCGGCAAGUUGGAUAACGUUAUCGGUAAAUCGAAGAAACGAUACUUCGAACAAUGGAGCACUGAAGAUGAUGAUGAUAACUUUGAAAAGGUUUAUAGUCAGUUUAGAAGACUAAUUGAUUUACCAACGGUUUUGUUCACAAUAAUUCUCAUUCAGUUGAUUUCCUUCGUGUUGGUCCUGAACAUUGAAGAGUGCUCGCCGCUAGUUUUAUUUUCCUGGUGGCGCAAUAAGAUAUCCUGAAAUUGACUACUACGUGGCAAACGAGCGGACAGAAGUAGCAGCAAACUCAGCUGUUGCCUCCUGUACUAUCCGUUCUGAUGCCUUUUCUGAUGUUCGUCCUUGUCGUUAUUGUUAUUAUUUUGAUAAUAAUACAUUAUCGAUCAUCAUGCGUUUCCGAUUCGCUCUGCCGUUGUGGAGCGAAGCUUUUAGUGACGAUUUAUCCGGUCGAUGCAGUGGCAAUUUUUGGUUUUAUGACAACCAAACGGCAGCAACUGGUGGCCAAAUACUAGUUGCCAUCACCAUAAUUGUUGCAGUAACUGUUUGCGAUUCGUGUAAGUCACUUUUAUCACCAUCGUUAAUUUCGUUCAAUAUCUACACUACAACUAGCAGUGACUUGCUUCGCAGCCGGAGUACAAUUUUAGGGAGAGAUUUAAGCAAAAGCAGAAAACAAGUAAUCAAUGGUGGCAUUGAUGAUUAUCGGUGGAGUGCACUUUCUCUCGAACAAUUUGUCUACAAUCAACAACUAAAAGAUGUCGUCAUUCAAUAUAACCAGCACCACCGAGAGAAGCACCGCCGAAGUAGCAUACUUUUUAGCACUUUAUACAUCAAAUUGGCUAACAACAACAUUAUCAGCUAUCUGCUAAAUGUCGUAAAGUUCAAUUUUAUCGUUAGGAUUGCCAUCAACAAAAUAGUUCUAGUUGAUAAUAUAAUAUUUUCCUAUCUAAUAUCAUUGGAUUUAUACUCGUAGCAAUGAAAUUCACGUUUAAUAAUUAACUUUCGAUAAACAUAUAAUAACCAUUCAAAUAAAAAGCAUUUUAACAGAAAAAAAAUGUCAACUAAAAUAGAAAACAAAGUAUUUACUUCUCAUUUCUUUACUAUACAAAGAUCUUCAAAAGAGAAAACAGUCCCUUUAUUUUUCGAAAUGGCCGAAACAGGGACCUACUGUCCCGGUGAAGUAUAGAAGAAUUUGCAAAGCAAAUGAAUUUAAAACAAACAUAAAUUAACACACUUACUGUUAUAAUGAAUUAAAAACUAAAGUAACAAGCAAAAGCAACAAAUACCUAAACGGACAAGAGUAUAACUUCAACCUAGCUAAUAAGAUUGAGGCCACAGAGUAGCAGAAAUAGCAGGUAUGAAUAAGUGAAGGAUCUAAGAAAAAUGAACGCAUAAGAUUGAGUACAUUACUAAUGAGAAGAAUAAAUUGAGCGAAAUACUAUUAGUAGGUGAUUAUGUAAAAACAAAUGUUUACUUGAAUAAUAAAUCUGUUACAUAGUAGUAACUAAAGAAACAGGAAGAUUAAAAAAUCCAAGCAAUUUGACUAUAUAUUAAUACUUAUUUCAUUAGCACUAAGCGGUUUGAUUGCUAUUUGAUAACUAUGCAAAGCAUAGGAACAAUGCUGCACGCGCUAUGCGUUGAUUUCGUUUGCGUAAUUUUAUUUACACAGGUUCGAUCGACGAAAGUGUCCUCUUUAUUUGGCAACUGUGCGCAAUCGUGACAGAUACGUUUAAGAAUUAUGCUUAUGUUAAAAUCAAAUAUUAGUAACCGGUUAAGAAGAAUAGGUGCUAAGUGGCGUUUCUUUUGCAUUGGUAAGGUUUCAAGAUUAUUGCAUUCAUUUGAAUAAACUAGUUAAGUUGGUGAGCGGGUCA